ACAGUUCCACGGAAAGUAACGCACGGCUCGGUCGCGAUUGUACCCGCGAACGUUCUAUUUCUUCCUGUAGACGGGCGAAGAAGCACGAUCGCCGUUCAAUCUGUGUUCUGCGUUGCAUCGUAGCAGUAGUCACUGGGGAUGGUCGUCCCGUGUGUGUAUUAAAAUUUUUCGAAAUAUUUUCAAAGCAUUUCCUGAGGCACAAGUCAAUAUUGUGGCCAUCGUUCUUGAGCCAACCGACGACCACCUGCCAAGGAAUUGGGGCCGUUGAAACCGCUUCCGAUACGGUAAUCAUUCGUACUGCUGCUAGAAACUGUGAUUCGACGAGUGCGGCGCCAAGGAGUGGGCAAAGGAACCGACAUCCGUUAGCAAGGAGAUGCGCAUGUCCGGGAACGGCCAACGGUCGGAUCAGCUGUCAAAAGCACCUCAGUCGCUCGGUUCUCCUCCACGGCAACGGAAGUCUGCGUCCGAGAACGAACGGCGGACGGGUCCGAUCUUCUGCACUCGGUUGGCGAACGGAAGUGCAGCCGCCUGAGCAGAGUUGUGCAUCGUGUUGGUGUCUGUGGAAAACGCCCAAAUAGUGCCGUAAUUUGUGUUCCAAAACUUUGUUCCGGUUAUCUGCGCUUCGAUUGUGGUUGCAGUGAUGGUGUGCAGUUAAAAAAAACGACGGCUAUCAUCUGGUAUCAAAGACAACGGAGAAUCUUUCUACGAAAAGAGGUCCUUCGGCUUGGAAGAAAGGAGCACAAAACGGCAAAGUAGGCGGCGUAAUUUUCCAGCAGAUCAAUCGCGCCAUGGCAACAUAGUGAAGGUUCACCCGACCCGAUAUCACGCUUCAUUUUAGCAACACCAAACAGAGUUCGACCGAGCGCGCGACCGAGUUCCGUCGGUGGCAAUUCAGUUGACUGGCGAGCGUACUAACGCACGGAGCUCCGGGCCACCGGGACGCACCGGAACACCCGCACCGUUUAUCACGGGAAUGUAGCCGACGGGCACCGGUUCAGUUGGGUGAAGUUCUUCACAAUACAGAGCGGCCAAACGGGGGCCAAACAAACCAUUUUAAAAUCGUUCCUCACAAUAAGUAAGACGCGCGAGCUGUUAGCGAGCCCCCUUUCUAAGUCGGUUGCAGACUCUCGACGGGUAUAUCUUCCGGGGACACGCGUACCUGGGCGGCAACACAAUCAUGGUGCAACCGUUCACUAAUCUCAGCGAGGCCAAUGGAGGUGGUCGGCCGGCUCCGACGGCUCCACCGAUGGAUGCACCAUCGAACGAUGGACCGUACGUGGAGUUCCUGGUGCUGGGCAACAAGGAAAACUAUAUCGUGCACGCAGAACGGAAAGCAAUCCUUGACUCCAACACCGGUCUGGCCCAUAUGCUGUCCAGCGGUGGUGGUGGUGGUGGCGGUGGAGGCGGUGACAGCAAGUGCGUUGUGCGCGAUGUGAACCGGGACAAUUUCGAGACAUUUGUACGUUACCUCGAAACAAAGUUCAUCAAAUUCACCUCGGCAACGCACACGCUCGAGAUGCUUGAGCUGGCCACCCGAUUCCAGUGCCGGCAGCUGGAGAUCCACUGCGUGAAGGAGCUCGAUCUCAAUCUGCACGUCGACCACGUGCUGGAAGUGUACCGUGCACUUUGGUUUUACAACCCCAUCACACCGCCCAAAAACCCGCCCAACGAACCGAAAAGACGUUCGCGGUGUCCCCGAUCACACAACAAAUCGCACACCAGCGACGGACCACUCACGCCGGAACAAUAUUUUGCCGCCCUGCUAAACAACUGUCUGCAGCUGAUCGAUAUGCAGGCGGAGGAAGUGUUCGCCCAGGACGCCAUGCUGAAGUUGUGCUUCCAGGAGCUGGAGGUGAUCAUGAAGCGGGACGCGCUGCAGAUGUCCUCCGAAACGGUGCUAGUCGAGGUGCUCGCACGCUGGAGUCUUGAGGACUGCAAGCGCAAACACAUUGACCCGACGGCCGAGAACCGUCGGCGGGCGCUCGGUGCACUCUGCUACGCACCACGUUAUCUCACCAUGUCGCGCCGUGACUUUGAAGCCGCCCGGGAACGCAUCGACCUGCUCGAUUCGGCCGAACUGCAGCUCGUCGGUGACAUACUAGUGGCCGGCGGUGGUAUGCGCCGCUCGACCGCCAAUCUCACACCCGAACAACAGUCACUUGUAGCCCGGUUCCGGGCACCGAGACCCGACUACCCGCUACUUCCGGUGCACCUUAGUGCCCGUAGCCAUCCACGCAACUAUCCGAAGAAAAUGCGCAAAGCGGCUGCCGAAGCGGAACGGGAACGGGAAGGUCCAAACAAGGGUUGCUGUAACCGGUUCCUGCUGAACUGCUGUUCCGUGUUUGCCUGCAUCUUUGACUAGCGCUGCUGCCUGUAGGGAGACACUGCCUGGGGAGCAACGGUGAUCGUGAUGAUAUCCUUUUUUUUCUCGCUCUAGAACGAGGUGUGGUAUAGCAAACAAGGAGAUAGAGGGAAAAUGUCUCGAUUAAUCUCGUUUGGCGGGGGGGGGGGGGGAGUGGCAGGUUCGUAAGCGCAUAUAAGUAAGAGAGAGAGAGACAUUUGUACGACCCAAAACCCACCGAAAAAAGGCAUCGCAAAUUCACUCCAAUUCCUCCAAGCAAAUCACCACCACUACGUCCCUACAGCGGCGGCAUACAUAAAAAAACCAAAACACGCCCGUACCUCCGUAAGAAAUCUCCGGCGAAAGGCGAGGAAAAGCAGGCUUUUCUUUAUCCUCGCCACGACAUGACACGCUUCUUCGUUUUUGUUAACGUUUUGUUUUCUUUCCCUUCACUCCCACCUAUAAUCAAAGGGGGGUUUUCGGAUGUAAUAUCAGAUGGAAUCCGUUCCAAACAUGCUCACGCACGUAUUUGUUUUCGUAAUUCGUUUCAGGAUCGUAGGUGAAAUUUACGUAGUGUGUAUGUGAGUGUUAGUAAGAAAAAGUAUUAGUCGUAAUUAUUAUGCUAUCAUAUCACCGACGGAAGGGUGCGAUUAUUACACGCAAGCAGCAGGCUUUCUCAUCGUGCGGUUGCUACGGUGUCGUUACUAAGCAACCACCGCGUCCUCCUUUUGGCCUGAUGUAGUGACAGUAGUAGUAGUAGUACAUCCGCGCACCACAUACAUCAUCCCUCGUUAUGUGACGUCUGUUCUACUGUUGUUGAAUGUAUUAUAUUAAUUGCGAUCGUGUGCACCGCACCACUCUCUGAGAGAUGUGUUAUGUUUUGAGUUUCAAAAACUAUAUUCGUUACAUUUGUCGUAAAACGAGGGCGAGUUAGGUAAAGCGUCAUUAUUACAGGCAGCAGAUGGACUCAUGCAGAUGCAGAGAGACGGGUUUCGCGAAACGGUCGACGGAGCGCUUUCAAGUGCAAGGUGCCAUCUAAUCCUGAAGGGGCGACAUAGCUUUUCCAUGUUUAGUUGUUUAAGGCGCGGUAUUAUUGCUAUCAUCAGCAUCCGUCGAUUAGCUUUGGCACGCAUGGCAUGACGUGUUGAUCUACAUAUGUUGUUCGUGUGCGUGUGUUAUGCUAUUACAAAACGAUUCAAAUCUUUAUGGCUGCAUGUUACUAUAUUAUUCGAUAUAUCGCGUUAGACAAAUGAUGUUAGCAGCAGCACCGUGGUUUCUGCAGAUUGUUUUUGCUCCUCAUAUAUAAGCCAUACUUGCCAUCAUGCCGUUAUCAUAGACCGAGAAAGCAAAUAUAUAAGAUGCUCUCUUACUGCUGCUGCACACACACUGUAGUAAGCUUGCGUUAAGCAACCAACCAACCAAUCAACUCAAUAGCCUAUAUAUUAUGUUCCCAUUCCGUGCUUUAGUAGAAGAAGACUUUCAUCGGAAGAAAGAGCACCCGCUGAAGGGGUAGAAACUGCCCACGAGACAUGUGUUACGCGCUAUGUGCAAUCAAGCAUAUUUGAGUACUAUUAAUUCUUUAAAUUUAAAUAAAACCAUGUGUUAGCAUUUAAAUGAAACAGUAA